AAAUCUAUAACCAUGGCUGAAGAUAUCAUCUACGAAGUCAGAGACAGAACCGUCGUCAUCACCUUAAACAUCCCCGAUAAGUUAAACUCUUUGAAUGGAGAACAAUACAUGAAAUUAGCACGUGCAGUUGAAGAUGCUGAUAACGAAGAAGGCACUGUUGUUACCAUAAUUCAGUCGACAGGUAGAUUUUUUAGUGCCGGAGCCAACUUCAGCGAUAAAGGAAUUUCACAGGCGAAGACUGAAGACUUGUUUAGCCAUGAUUAUUGGUUGAAUAAGUUUGUGGCUAGAAAUACUUAUAUCACGAAUGUGUUCCACAAUCAUAAGAAGGUAUUAGUUGCAGCUGUCAAUGGACCUGUCAUUGGAUUGUCAGCUGCCUUGGUGGCAUUGUGUGACUUGAUUUACGUUAAGGAUGACACCCAGUUCUAUAUUUUAUGCCCAUUUUCUAAUUUGGGAUUGGUUUGUGAAGGGGCUACUUCUGCCACUUUAUUCAUGAGAUUGGGAUGGAGUAAAGCUUCUGAAGCAUUGUUGUUUGCUCGCCCAAUUCAAGGGCCCGAGUUGACCCGUCUUGGUUUUGUUAAUAAGGCUUACAAUGACUACAAGUUUGCUUCCACCGAGGAAUUCAAUGCCCAGAUUUACAAAGAUGUUGUAGCUCAGUUUGAAAACUUGCAUGAGGCAUCGAUUUUCUUGAACAAAGAACUAUUGAAGGUAAACCGUGAGCCAGCUAUUCAUGCUGCCAACUCCAAAGAAGUGGUAAUGGGUCUCUACAAAUGGGUUGAAGGGGUUCCUCAAUCACGGUUCGUGCAAUUGGCCCAGAAGGACAUUAAGCACAAGAUGUAGCUUGGGAUAGUUUCAAAUAAAUAAUUCUUAUCG